UCCUGGAGAGACCUCAGCCUGCUGGGACGGACUCGGACAGGAGAUUUUCCAUUGAUUUCACAGAGCCUUAGAUCAGGCCCUGUAAGCCUGUCCCAGGGAGCAUCCCCCUCGCGCUCACACACCCCUGCUCCCGAGUAGCAGCAGGGACGUCAGUUGGAGAAACACAAAUAAAGCUGGGGGGGAGGCGUGGGGCGUCUCGCCCCUGUCCAUUACAGGCUGGGAACAAUAGCCCGUGUGGAAACGGCAGCCGUGUUGUGCCAGCGCAUCCGGAGAGGCAGGAAGGAGCCAGGCAGGAGGAAAUAUUAAAUAGAGCAAUAUAAACACUCGGCUGGGGGGAUUAAGGGGUGGACGCGCCCCGCCCCACCACCAUUGCCAGUGAAAGCGGGGCCAGAGAGCUGCGUGGCGGCAGUGAGCCUGCAACAUGGACAAGAACGCCUACGCCAUGGCCAAGUUUGGCCUGGAGUCCAGGGACAACCUGCUCCCCAAGCGGGACUGUGGCUUCUACAUGAAAUACAUCUUCCUAUUCACCUCGGUCAUCCAGCUCCUCAUCAUCCUGGGGCUGGUUCUCUUCAUGAUCUACGGCAACACCCACGCCAGCACCGACACCCACCUGCGACACCUUGAGGAGCAGGUCCAGGACUUCUACAACAAGAUGUCGCUGCUCAACGCCAAGAACAAAAACCUCACCCAGCAGCUCAACGCCACCAGCAAGGAGAAGGUCGGCUGCUCCCAGCAGCUUACGGCAACCCAGAAAGAGCUGGAGAAAUGCAAUGCCAGCCUGCGGACCUGCAUCGCCUAUCAGGCUCAGUGCCAGAAUAUCUUGAUCUACGCUGAGUACAACAAGGUGAUGGCGGAGCAAUGCUACAGGAACAUGAACAUCCUGAAUAUCACCUGCUACGCCGAGAAGCUGAGCCUGCGGGAGGCCCGGGACCGGCUGGUGCGGGAGGCCCAGCAGCAGCGGGAGAACUGCUCGCAGGUGACGGAGAAGCUGAAGCAAGCGGCCAGCACCGCCAACGGUGAGCGGGAGCUCUGCCGGCAGGAGAGCAUCAGCCUGCGGGCACAGUACAGCGGGCAGAGCCAGGGGCAGAAACAGUGCUGCAGCCUGGGGGACAAGAUGCUGGGCGAGUUCCAGACCAUCCGGCAGGCCAUCCAGGAGAAAGUGGGGACCCUCUCGUUCUACCAGUCCAGCAGCUGCACCGCUCUGACCCAGCAGGUGAACGCCCAGCUGAAAAUGCUGGGGGACAAGCUGCAGCAGGAGCUGCAGGCCCAGGCGCAGGAGAACGGGCGGCUGCAUGGCGAGAAGCUGCUCAGCGAGGUGAACCUGCAGGAGUGCGGGCAGCAGCGCAACAGGGAGACUCAGCAGCACCAGCACCAGCUGCAGGCCCUGCAGGCCACCUGCGACGCCGAGGCCAAGCGCAGCUACCAGGAGAAGCAGACGCUGACGGAGGAGAAGGGGCGCCUGAGCCAGCAGCUGCAGGAGAACAAGCAGCUUCUUGCCCAGGCUGAGAACACGAAGGCCCAACUGGAGAGCUGCAGGAAGGCAAAGGGCAGCGCUUUCAACCCAGGCCUGAGAAAUCCUGGCAACCCCGGCACCUUUGGGAACCCCGGCACCUUUGGGAACCCUGGGACCUUCGGCAACCCCGGCACCUUUGGGAACCCCAGCACCUUUGGGAACCCUGGGACCUUCGGCAACCCUGGCACCUUUGGGAACCCAGGGACACUGGGGAAUCCCGGGACAUUCGGGAACACUGACAGCACCAGCCUGGAUGAAAUUGGAAAGCGAAUCCUGGAGGCCAAGCUGCCCAACCAGUUCCCCCUCAAACCCGUGGCGCAGCCCAGCGGCUAACCAGGGAGCGAGGCCAUGGUGAGCAGAGGCUGGGAGCUGAGCUGAAGCAAAGGGGAGGAAACGCGACUUGAUUGGCAAGAAACUUAGGAGACUGAACUGAUGCCCGGCCUGAAAUCGCCAUCUCACUCAGACAGAGACAGGCACGCCUGGGCAGAGACUUCCAGACAGGCGCGCACACGUACAUGUGAAUCCCCCCCCCCCCCACACACACCCAGCUGAAAUCCAUCUUAUAUCCCCCUCCCUCAGCUCCCAGCUCUCACUCACACACUUGGCCAGACUCUCGGAUCACCCAGCUCAUGCUCACCCCAGGUGCACACGUCCACUGGGCCUCCCCCUCCUGUUACCCCUGGUUUGCCAACCCCGGAAGCUGGGCAUGCUGGUGGGAGGGGAGGUCAUGCUGACCUCGCCCUUUGGCAGCCCUCCCUCCGACUGGUAGCCCUUUGGGUGGGGGGGUCUGGCCAGACCUGGCAGCACGGCCCAGGCCAAGCCAGGGGGAUGGGGGAGGACCGUGGCUCCCUCUGUCUGACCCUGUUCCCUGGGUUUUACUCACCCUCACAACCCGUGCUGAGAUCCCCUCCAUCCUCCCACCCCUGGGCCUGACCCCCGCCCUCCUCCAGCCACUCCUGCGUCCCUGCCCAGCCCUCGCUUCCUUUAGGCCUCAAGCCCCUGGUCUGCUCAGGCUCUGCGGCCCCAACACCCCUCCAGUACUGCAGCCCUUUCCCCAGCCUUUUGUAUCUGGGCCCUUGUAGCUCACCCCAUCCCAGGGAGGUUAGACCCUGGGGCCCUGCCCAGUGCCACAACCCAGGGGGUGCAGGGGGCCGGCUGAGCAGGAUCUGCCAUGAAUGUGAAUGCAGGGCCAGGAGGUGAAGGGGAACUGCCGGGGCGGCUCCGGCCUCUCUCGCUGAUUAGCCCAGCGAUGCGGCGGAGGCUCAUGGCGCUUUGCUGUAAAUUCUUCCACCCUGCACUGAAUACAUGCCUGACGGCAGCCUGGC